AUGGAUGAUUCCCUAGAUUCAGAUGAGAAAGAAGAAAAGAUUCCAAGAGUGGGAUGUAAUUCAUCGUCGGAAUCUCAUUCUGGAACGGAUGAGGAAUCUGAGGAAGGGGUAUCUCUUCAAGAUAAGCUGGAAUACGUCGAGAGGAACAGAAAAAACAUUCCUGCACUACUUUUUGCGGCAGGAUACGCUGACGUCGAUGUAUGCCGGAAACUCGUCGUGGAUGACGGGGCAAACGUUAACGAAACGGACCAAAAGGGCAACGACGUGUAUCAUUACGCAGCCAUGAAUCGAAACAAGUGUGAUUUGGAACUGCUCGAAUUCUUUGCAACCCACGGAGCUGAAAUGAAAAGGUUCAAUAAUGAUCAUGCUGAUGCAGUCAGGCUGGCUCUCCACUGGAAGAACUUUAGGUUUGCGAAAGAGCUGUUUGACAAGUACGAAUCCGACAAAAGCUUUCUUCUGCAUUGCAUUGAUCUUGCGCCGGAGUCGAUCAAAUUCGCAUACGAGCAGGACCCGUCAGUGGUCAAAGUGAAGGGCAAGGAUGAAUUUGACUUGCAGAUUUUGAACGAGAUGGCUUGGUUCCAUGAUUUCGAGACAUUCAAGUGGAUCAUCGAGGAAGCCAAAAAGUUCGGUGCAGAUCUAUCGACAAAUAAAGAACGGCAACUGAGUAUUCUCAGGGGCGUUGGUCACGUUGGUGUCAGAAAGGAUGAUUGCGAAGCAAUCGCCAAUUUCCUAUGUUCUUCAUAUGCGAAAGAUUGGACGGAAGAGGAUUGGACUAAUCUUCUCACCGAGUUCUUGCCGAAAGGACAAUCGCAAUUUGUCCAAUUGCUGCUUAAUCACGGCACGGACCUGAAUGUGCACAUUUUGAAUGGGCAAAAAUCCCUUUUUCAGUACUGCGUGGAGAUGAACAGACUCGAAGCCACCAAAUUCGUAUUCAAGCGGAACAAAGAGAAGAUUAUUAACAUGCCCACAUUGAUAAGCGUAGCAAAGACUAACAACCUCGAAAUGAUCGAGUGGCUUCUUCAACUCAACCCAGCCCUGGAACUAGACAAGCAUUUCCUUUACGCCGCUUUGAAGAACGCGAAGUACGGCAGAGUAAUCAUUGAUAAUUUUGCUGAAGAACUGCAUGCGCACAUCAAUACCGUGAACGAAGAAGGAAAAACUCCUCUCCAUAUGGCCGUGGACAAUUUUGACCUUCCUGUUUUCAAGACCUUGUUGGAGAUGGGCGCCGACCUGAGCGUGAAGUAUAAAGACUGGAACAUGCUGAUCUACUGCUUGGAGAAAAUGUUUUUGCCAGGCGCCAAGGUUGUGUACGCCAAGGAUGCGAAGCAGCUGGAAGGGUCAAAUAAGCGGGAUAUACUCGCUUUGGAUCUCGGCAAGUCGAACAUGGAAAUUGAGGUAUGGCUUCAUUCUGUGGGCUGCACUCGCUAA